CCAUUCGGUUCACGUGGACCCGCGGCCCUGCGUCCGCUCGGAUUGUCUGGAUUGUCGAAGCGGCUCACUCCUGGAGGCCGAAGCGCUGGGGACGCUGGCUCAGGCCUUUCUCAACUCCUGUGUGGCCGCUGGGCGGCAUCGCCCUCCACGCGAAGGUCAAGGUCAAGGCGGCAGUAGCGGCUAGAGAAUUUCCUCAGAUCAUAGAAAAAAAUGGGAGAUGCUGAUGCAGGCAAGAAAAUCUUUGUCCAAAAAUGUGCUCAGUGUCACACAGUGGAAAAGGGUGGAAAACAUAAGACGGGUCCAAAUCUCUGGGGUCUCCUCGGUCGAAAAACAGGACAAGCACCUGGAUUUUCUUAUUCUGAGGCAAACCAAAAGAAAGGUAUUACCUGGAGUGAAGCCACUCUGAUGGAAUAUUUGGAAAACCCUAAAAAAUAUAUCCCUGGAACAAAAAUGAUUUUUGCUGGUCUUAAAAAGAAGAGUGAGAGAGAAGCUCUUAUUGCAUAUUUGAAAAAAGCAACAAAAUAAUGACAUGUUAUUACAGCUAAUAAAAUACCAAUUUUAAGUCAAA